AAAUAAAGAACGGAGCUUGCUUCCGAAAACCCUACCCCUUCUACUGUUUGUCUAAAAGCACAAGACCCAUCAGAAGCUAGGGGGGAGAGGGCAGCGAGUACCUUCCUUAUUUCAAAGCCCGUCAGAAGCUGCAGGGGGGCUGGAUACAAGGAAGCAGAUUUUAGGCUGUUGUAUGCUGGGGGGGGAUCAAAAUGCCACCCUUUCGGCAAGUUGGUGAGAAGCAGCUGCCCCAAGAAAUAAUCUUUCUGGCCUGGUCACCUAAAAGAGAUCUCAUUGCCCUCGUCAACAAAGCUGGAGAGGUCCUACUCCAUCGGCUUGCCAAUAUUCAGAGAGUGUGGAGUUUACCCCCCAGUGAGAAUACUGGAAAAGAAGUUACUUGUUUGGCAUGGAGACCAGAUGGCAAAAUACUGGCAUUUGGUCUUGCUGAUACAAAGAAAGUUGUUUUGUGUGAUGUAGAGAAACCUGAAAGUCUCCAUUCCUUCUCACUGGAAACACCAAUAUCAUGUAUGCAGUGGAUGGAAGUAAAGGUGGAAAACAGUGUAUUGACUUCGUUUUACAAUGCUGAAGAUGAAUCUAAUGUUCUGCUGCCCAAAUUACCUGCACUGCCCAAAAAUUAUACUGCCACAGCAAAAAUCUUCAGUGAAGAAAAGUCUGAUGAAAUAUUAAAGCUAUUAGGAGAUGUGAGACUUAAUGCUUUGGUUCUUGGAGGAGACUCAGGACAAAUUGAAAUAUAUGCCUAUGGAAUGUACAAAAUUGCAACAAUUUCAGAGGUCUAUGGAUCUUGCCUGGGACUUUGCCUGUCUAAUGAUCUCAAGUCUCUCUCUGUUGUCACUGAACUGACAACAAAUAGUAUGCCUGAAAUUACCUAUUUUCAGCUGGACACCAGUUUGUUAUCAGAUUGCUUACCUGAAGUGACUCGGAUGGCCAGAAAAUUUACCCACAUCUCAACACUCCUUCAGUAUUUGCAGUUGUCUCUGACAUGUAUGUGUGAAGCUUGGGAAGAAAUACUGAUGCAGAUGGAUUCACGAUUAACAAAGUUUGUACAGGAAAAAAACACAACUACGUCUGUGCAGGAUGAAUUCAUGCAGUUACUCCUGUGGGGCAAAGCAAGCCCUGAACUCCAAGCACUUCUAAUGAACCAACUAACUGUUAAAGGCCUAAAGAAGCUGGGACAGUCAGUUGAGUCGUCUUAUUCUACCAUACAAAAACUAGUCAUUAGCCAUUUACAGAGUGGAGCUGAAGCCUUGUUGUAUCAUCUCAGUGAAUUAAAAGGAAUGGCCUUGUGGAAACAGAAGUAUGAACCACUUGGACUUGAUGCCAAAGCAAUUGAGGAUGCAAUUACAGCUGUCGGCUCCUUCAUCCUCAAAGCACAUGAACUUCUACAAGUUAUAGACAGUGGCAUGAAAAACUUCAAGGCUUUCUUUAGAUGGCUGUAUGUGGCCAUGCUCCGAAUGUCAGAGGACCACGUACUUCCCGAACUAAACAAGAUGACUCAGAAAGAUAUAACAUUUGUGGCUGAUUUCCUAACGGAGCAUUUUAAUGAAGCACCAGACCUGUAUAAUCAGAAAGGCAAAUACUUCAAUGUUGAAAGAGUUGGCCAGUAUUUGAAGGAUGAAGAUGAUAUCCUAAUGUCGCCGCCCAACACUGAAGGGAAUCAGUGGUUUAGCUUCCUUCAGAGCAGCACACACCUCAAAGAGAGCCCACUGCUGUUUCCCUACUACCCCGAAAAGUCUUUGCACUAUGUGAAAAGGCAAAUGGAAGCUGUCAUUGACCACUGUUUGACUAAACCAGCACAAAUCAUAGGAAUGUCUGUACAACAAAAGCGGUGCCUUCCCUUGUACCAAGUGCCUGCGAGUGAGGAGGCAUGCCCGAGACUGAUUUCACUCCCUUGUCUCUGGAACGACAAGUCCCAGAAUCUUCACUACGUGAUAUUCCGCAUGCUGGAGAGCUCGUCCUCUAAAGUGUUCCUACUUAGGCGGCCAACUGAUCUGUCACGGUCCAUAAAUGAUGCACUUUUAGCUGUCAGUAUUGGAAACUCUUUAAACAGCAGUGCUGCCGAAGACACAGAAACCAGCUCCUACAGCUGUUUAGAUGCACGUUUCUACGAUGACGAUAUCCUGACUGUGGUGUUAAGGGACAACUCUGAAGUGGAAGGGAAGGAUAGGGUAUUGGCUCAGCUGCCACUCUCUUUCCUGUAUAGUGAUGAAGAAACAGAAGAUGGCUUUACCUGGGACACAAGUAAAAGGUUGGAGGAGCAGUACCAAGACAUCCCAACACGCACUGUAUUUCUGGAGAGUCAGGGGCGGCUGCUGGAGAACAUGAAGGCGCACUAUGUCUCUGUGAAUGGCAUACGCAAAGUUGCAUGUGUGCUCAGUUCAAACCUGCGCCAUGUGCGAGUCUUCGAGAUGGAUGCAGAAGAUGAUGGGGAAGAGGAAGAAGAGGAGAUUCUGCAUUCUCAGGAUGUGACGGAAGAGGAGGAAGAAUUAAACCAGUCUGCGGAUGAUGGACAGACAAAUUCAGCGGAAGCAGUUGAUGUGACAGAGGAAAGCUUGGACUCAUGAUGUACCGCCCUGUCUCUCAGUGGGACCAGUUCCUUUGUGUGACCGCAGAGGACACAGCAAGCUGGAUUCUGAAAUAUUUUUUUAUCCUCACUCCUUGAGCCAAUCCGUAUUUUAGUCUGUGAGCAAAACUUUACUGUUUGGGUUAGUCCCACAAAAUAAAGGUUUGGGAUUCAGAUGUCCCCUACGUGCAUGGCACACAGGAAAGGGAAAGCACAAAACUAAAAUGGCUGGAAAGAGAGAGAUGUGUGCAAAAGGCAGGCCAGAGUGGUCAGAUUAGUAAUGCAUAAGGGGACACAGUUAAGUCUUAUUAUCUCUUAUCUAUUUCUACCACUAGAGGGGGACAGGCUUAUAAACUUGGUCUGUUCCUAGUACUCAUUUGCCGUAGGUGACGCCUCAAGCUUUUUAUGGAACCCAGUCACCAUUUCAAAUUUGUAUAGUGUUAUAAUACAUUGGAAUUCUCCAGUAAGAAGAUACUACAUUUAACUGUAUUUCUAUGCUGCCAACCUUUCAAGGACACUUCAACCCAAAAACUUAUUUUUGCCUAAUAAAAGAAAACAUAAUUCUAGGCAACUUUCCGAUAUGGAUUUAUUAAAUGUUGUAGUGCUUUAAAA